AGGCCUCCCGGGCAUAGCCUUCGCUGGCGCUGAGUCACCUCUACGGUCUGUGCGAGGUCAUGGCUUUCGCGCUGCACAUCGACAUCACAUGAUCUCCGCCGUCGAGGAGAGCGGACCCUCUCAUGGGAUCUUUUCCUCCAACUUCUCCGCAUGCAUCGCGCGAGGUACCUGUCCUCCGACGCCCACACGCUGUUGUUGUUGAUUAGGUGAUGAGGAGAGAUGAGUGCGACGGACAAGGCGGAGCACGAGUUCUGUACCAUUGGAAUGUGCUGUUUCGAAUAGCUACCAACGACUCGCAUAUGCCCAGAACGAAAGGCCACACCUCGAAGCAACACAAGACCUUUGAUGGUUCACCCUCGUCCGCACUUCAUCUUCCCUCCCUUCUCAUGUAUUCCUCUCCCGACCCCAGUACCAGGCCAGAGACCCGAAGCAUCCCGGGACCUCUGGAACUUCGCCUGCAGCCAGACACGUCCCACAGCCUCAUCACCGGCCGGCCGAACCCACCGCGCACGCGACACCUCGAGGAAUCCACCCUGGCACCCGUCAUCCCGCCCGACACUCAACCGACGCAGCACGUCUCGAGCGCGCCCGUCAUCCCGCCCGAUACCCCAACUCCUACUAAGACCGAGAACCGGCAACAGUGCACGCCUGCCUCGCCUGAGACGCAACAACAGCACCAUGCCUUCAACCCUCUCCCGGGCCCCCGUCGUCCUUCUCUCAGCGCCGACGCAGACUCAGACCCGGCGACAGGGAGAUGGCGCGUGCGGGCCAGCCCCGUCGUCCCACCGGAGGCCCGCCAGCGCCCACACGGCUCGUCCCACCACUCCUCGAACGUCACGAGCGAAUAGGCAUGACAAGCGGCCCAAGACCUCUGAUGGUCCGCCCUCAUACGUACGCCCGUGUCACUCACUCGCUAACUCGAGUACCAAGCCCGAGAGACGUCGCAUAACCUCGCUACCGAAGCCGGACAAAUUCAACGCCCGCGCGACUCGUCGCGCGAUCCGCCCCGAGCACACGUCGUCCCGCCCGAAGCGCAGACACAGAAACAGCGGCAGCAAGUCACCACCGCCCCGCCACCCUACCCUAGGCAAACGGUCACCCUCAGACUGGGCACUGGAGACAAGGCACGUCCGCCCGCCCGAGAUGCAACAUGACUAGCACGUCUCCACCGCGCCCGUCCCAGCGCAGACGCAGACUCGGACCCGGCGACACAGAAAUCCUGCGCCAGCCCCUGUUGUCCUGCCUUUGACCGUCCAUCCCCUCUUCCCCGUCGCGCCGAACGAUACGAGCGAAUGCGUGCCUCGGGCUCACCUCCACCUGCCGCUCGUCCCGCAGGUCCAGCACGCUCUCUUGGUACUACCGGGAAGUAGGCUAUCGAACACUCAGCCGGCGGCGUGGGCGCUAGCGCGCGCUCAGACAGUACAAAUUGUGUCAGUUGGGUUGAUAGGCAGUUCCUCCGUACCCAGCGUCCAACGGACAAGCCGAUCUAGUAUACGACAG